ACAGCAUCAGAGACAAUGGCACAAUCCUCUACAACAGGGACAAUGCAGUCACAGACUGCUUCAUCAGAGUCACAAGCUGCUACAUCAGGUUCACAAGCUGACACAACAGGGACAGUCUCACAACUAGUUUCUAGGAUUUUUGAAGGUGAGCCAGCAGCCACAGCUCCCAAUAAAAACACUAGUAAUUACAUCUCAAUCACUGACGGCAUUCCUCUUGGUGCAACUGUACCCAGCAAAAUUAAGUCCAAAAUAUGGUCAAAUGAAUUCAUAGAUUUACGUAGUCUUUUGACGCACCAAGAAGAAGACCCAGUGACCUUAAUGAUCACACCAGGUGUAAUUAAUUUGCAAUAUAGUCAAAAGUCAAAAACACCUUUGUCCAUCAACCAAUUGACAGACACAUUUCUAAUUUUUACAUGCAUCAUAAUACAACAGAAACCUGCUGAGGCUCCCCACCUGCUUAGGUACAUGUCAUUCAUAAGGGAAUUACAAAAGCUUCGUAGAGAUUCAGCAUGGCGAUCAUAUGAUGAGUCUUUCAGAAAGUUAAGGGAGACUGUAGACCUUCCCUGGCAAAAGCCAGUGGAAGAACUACGUGGGAAAUCUUUGGCAAUUUCCUCAAAACAAUCUAAUGGGCAGCCCUUUCGUGGGAAACAGGUGGGGAGAAUCAGUGGGGUCAGAUUCUGCUUCGACUACAAUCAAGGCAACAAAUGUAAGUCAACCCCUAGUCCAUUCACACACAUUUGUCAAACAUGUAGGGGUCAUCAUCCCAAAAGCAAAUGCAGAUCUAAUGACAAAUCCGAACAUGAUAAGGCCUCUCCCAACCUCAGUAAAGGCAAACAAACUUAAUGACCAUUUAGUAGGUUAUGAUGAUCAAUAGAGGGAAUACUUAGUAAAAGGAUUCAGUUCUGGAUUUUCCCUGGGAUGUAUAACCACUCCCAUAGCGUCUUUGUCAAGAAAUCACAGUUCAGCAAAAAAUCACCCAGAGAUCAUACAAGCUCACAUACAAAAGAGCCUUAAGCUCAAGCGUAUUGCAGGACCUUUCCCAAACCCUCCUUUUGAUCCCUUUGUGUCAUGUCCUCUAGGAGUUAUACCAAAAUCAGAACCUGGAAAAUUUCGAAUCAUUCAUGACCUUUCUUAUCCAAAAACAAAUUCGGUUAACACCCAUAUUCCAAAAGCAAAUUCAGAAGUUCAUUAUGACUCGAUUGACUGGAUUAUAAAUUUAG